AUGGCCCAAAAAUUAACGGAAACCAUUGAGUCACAGUUAACUGAUGAUGUGAACAAGAUGGAUUUAUUCAAUGUUUAUUGCUAUUAUGAUGGGAAUGUUUCACAUAAAGUAGUUGACAGAGAUAGACUGUAUGUCUUCAAUGUGCAAGAGAGUAAGACUGACCAAACAAGCCAAUCUUAUAAGAUUAAUGGAUUUGAACGUGAGGUGAUUGGUAGGACCACUAAUACAAGAAGACAAAGAAAUGUAGUUGGUGAACCUACAUUGCUAAGACACCAAAUUGCUACUGCUCCUAGUAGUAGUAGAAUACCAAAGAAGACUAUCAAAAGGGGGGGUGUUACAGGCCUUGGUAUAUCAAGUAGGACACCUUCCAGUCUUGAAGGAUCUAAUGAGUUUGAACCUGUGGAGUUGAAUGAAUCAGAUGAUGAUGAUAAUUGGCAACUUAGUGAGGAUGAGCUGGAUAGAGAAAGUGGUAGAAGCUCAGAUUCUUCAGAUGAUGGUGAAGAUGAAUCUGAAGAAGUAGAGGGUGAGGUGUUUACAUACAAAGUUGGUCAACAUGGUGUAGGGGCAGACUCAGAUUAUAUUCCUGAGGAAGAAAAAGAUGAAGAUGAGUCAGAUAGGGAUGGUAUUUCAGAUUAUGAUUCUAAGGAGUACCAUUCACAAUUCUCCCAAAAAAGUGGUGUGAAUGAUAGGGGAAUAUUGGAGUUGGCUGUAGGGAUGACUUUUAAUUGUGUGCAACAAUAUAGAACUCACUUAAAGAAUUAUGCAAUUCAAGAGGGGUUUGAAAUUUAUAGGCAAAAAAAUGAGAGGACUAGAGUAAAUGUGGUUUGUGCAAAUGAUGGUUGCCCUUGGAGGAUACAUGCUUCUCUUGCAAAUGAUGGCAAGACUUUCAUUGUCAGAACGUAUGCAGACAAACAUACUUGUAGUGGAAGAAAGACAAAAUUGGCAGCAGUUAACUCAAGAUGGAUAGCAGCUAAACUUGGUCCCCACAUCAGGGCAGAUCCUAAUAUGCCCAUUAAAAGCAUGGCAGCAAUGAUAAAGGUACAAUAUGGACUACAACCAAGCAAGCAACAAUUGUAUAGGGCAAGAACGAUUGCCAAAGAAGAGAUUGAAGGCAAUCAUGCUAGAUCAUUUGCACAGUUGCCAACUUAUCUUGAUUUGAUUGAUGAGUAUAACCCUGGAGCAGUACUGAAGAUUCAAAUGGAGGAUAGACUGGAUAUGAAUCAGAAUCCUAUGUUUAAGAGGAUGUUUGUGUGGUUUAAAACAUUUGCAUUUGGAAUAGUAGAGGCUGAGAGAAAAGACAAUUGGAUGUGGUUCCUUGAUUGCUUAAGCAUUGCUCUACAAAUAGAGACAGACUUUAUACCCCACUUGACCUUUAUGUCUGACAAACAGAAGGGUCUAAUUGAUUCAAUUCAACAACAAUUCCCUCGAUGUAAUCAGAGACAUUGUUGUAGGCAUUUAUAUGCCAACUUUAGGGGUGUUUAUCCUGGAGCAAUGUUGAGGACUGCCUUCUGGACUGCUGCCAAAGCAUCAACUGUUGCUGAUUUCCAGAAAGCUAUGGGGGAGCUGAAAGCUAUAAAUGUAGAAGCUCAUGAAUGGUUGAUGAGAAACCCACCUGCUAACUGGUCAAGACAUGCCUUUGAUCAUGGUGCCAAGAGUGACCAUGUGACUAACAACAUGGCCGAAUCAUUCAACCAGUGGAUUGCACCUUAUAGAGACAAGCCAAUUGUGAACUUGAUUGACCAAAUUAGGGUGCAAUUGAUGACAAGGUUUCAUCAGAGGUAUGCUAAUGGUUGCACUUUCAUGGGUACAAUCACACCAGCUAUUAAGAAGAGAUUGCUUGCUAUUGUCUGUAUGAGUUUGAAGUCAAUGAUGGACAUCAAGUGGUUGUGGUGA